AUGGUUUCAGAUAUUGAUUAUGAGGCAGAUGAGCUUAUUGGCAUACUCAAUGACAUUAGGCCAAUAUUUGCUAGCGAAAGCUCGCUUCUAGAAGUUCCAGUACCGUGCGUUAUCGUCGGCGAUAUACACGGCCAGUAUCUGGAUUUGCAACGAAUGUUCGUGAUGACUGGAAAGAAUGGACGAAGCGGGGCGACGAUGCGUCGAUAUCUUUUUCUCGGCGACUACGUGGACCGCGGCAACAAUUCUCUGGAAUGUGUUUGCUGCUUGUUCGCCUACAAACUCCUCUUCCCCAAAAUGUUCAACUUGCUUCGCGGCAAUCACGAAUCAGCAUUCAUCAAUCGAAACUACGGCUUCUACCAAGAACUAGUGGAUCGUUUCGAGGAGACCAUGGGCACAGCUCUCUGGAUAAUGUUCAACAGUGUUUUCGACUUGUUACCAUUAGCUGCGCUCGUUCACAAACGAAUAUUAUGCAUGCAUGGCGGACUGAGCCCGCACCUGAACUCUCUCGAUGAUAUACGAAACAUAAAAAGGCCAAUAAAGUCAAUGGAGGAGUCGCCGCUAGCCUGCGAUUUGCUAUGGUCUGAUCCAGUAGUGGACCUCACUGGUUUCGUAAGCAACAUUGUUCGAGGUGUUAGCGUUUGCUUCGGUGAAGAUACCGUAAUAAAGACUUGCUUAAAACUGAAUCUGGAUAUGAUUGUACGCGCACAUCAGAUGAUGGUGAACGGAUUUAGCUUCUUCUGUAAGCGUAAACUGGUAACAGUUUUCACUGCUCCACGAUAUGAUCCUGAAAAGGUAUAA